UGUUGUCAAUUUGUCACAACAUUGUGUAAAUUUUCAUUCUCAGUUCUCAUUCGCAGUGAGAAUGAAAAUUUCACCAAUCUUAACAAUAAUUAAAUAAAUACUUAUAGAAUUCAUACAACUUUAAAAACAUCAGAAUGGCGCCGAAGAAUAUUCAAGAUGUUGACUUAUACGCGUUGCUGGAUAUCCCAAUAACAGCGACAGAAUCUGAGAUUAAAAAGGCUUAUAGGAAAAAGGCCCUAAAAUGCCAUCCAGACAAAAAUCCGGACGAUCCCAAAGCUGCUGAGACGUUUCACGCACUUUCAGACGCUUUAGAAGUAUUGACUGAUGCCUCAGCUAGGGCGGCGUAUGAUAAGGUGCUCAGAGCUAAGGCUGCAGCAAAAUUACGACAUCAAGAAUUGGACAGUAAGAGGCAAAAACUGAAAGAGGAUCUCGAAAGGCGGGAAAAGGAAGCAGAGACAAACAAAGGAGGUUGUAACCUCACAGAUGAACAGAAAUUAGCAGCAGAAAUCGAGAGACUACAGAGGGAAGGUAGCAGGCUGUUGAUGGAAGAACAACAAAGAAUGAAAGAAGAAAUACAAAGAACUAAGGGACUUAUAUCUCAGCCUGUGUGGGAUUCAAGUUUAAACAGAAUUAAAAUAAAAUGGAAAGCAGAUAAAAAUGAUCCAAAAAAUGGUGGUUAUGAUGAACCUACACUAAGAAGGUUCUUGAAGAAGUAUGGGGAUAUAGUAGCACUACUUGUAUCUCCUAAGAAAAAGGGAUCUGCUAUAGUAGAAUUUGCAUCUAAGGAAGCUUCAGAAAUGGCUUUGGAAUUAGAGAAAGGCUUACCAGAAAAUCCUUUAACACUAAAAUGGAUUAAUGAAAGACCAGUAUUAACAACUAAGAAAGACAUUCCCGGUCCAUCACUUAUCUCUGAUAGAGAUUAUGAAUCAGUGGUCUUAGCUAAAAUGAGACAAGCAGCAGAGAGACAAAAGUUAAUAGAAGAAAUGUUGAGAGAAGAAGAAAAUAAAUUAUAAUACAUACCAUUCUUAAAAUAGUGAAUAAAAAUACUGAAUGAAAAUGUUA